GUCACGGCGGCGGCCGGGUCAGAGGGUAAAGGUUGCUCCCCCAGCAUCCUCCGUGCUGGAUACUCAGCCAUCUUGGAUCCGCGGGACAAGAAAAUUCAUGCGGUGACAAACAGCAUGUUUGGUGCUUCAAGGAAGAAGUUUGUAGAGGGGGUUGAUGGUGACUACCAUGAUGAAAACAUGUACUACAGCCAAUCAUCGAUGUUCCCACAUCGGUCAGAAAAAGAUGCAAUGUUGCAGAAGUGGAUCUUAGGAUGGGACUUCAAGAGAAGGAAGAUGCUGGCAUCACCAUCAACAUCAGGUCAGCUGUCUCAGUUUGGGGCAAGUUUAUACGGGCAACAAAGUGCACUAGGCCUUCCAAUGAGGGGAAUGAGCAACAAUACCCCUCAGUUAAAUCGCAGCUUAUCACAAGGCACUCAGUUACCGAGCCACGUAACGCCAACAACAGGGGUACCAACAAUGUCACUUCACACGCCUCCAUCUCCGAGCAGGGGGAUAUUGCCUAUGAAUCCUAGGAAUAUGAUGAACCACUCCCAGGUUGGUCAGGGCAUUGGAAUUCCCAGCAGGACAAACAGCAUGAGCAGUUCAGGGUUAGGCAGCCCCAACAGAAGCUCUCCAAGCAUAAUAUGUAUGCCAAAGCAGCAACCCUCUCGACAACCUUUUACUGUGAACAGUAUGUCUGGAUUUGGGAUGAACAGAAAUCAGGCAUUUGGAAUGAAUAACUCCUUAUCAAGUAACAUUUUUAAUGGAACAGAUGGAAGUGAAAAUGUGACAGGACUGGACCUCUCAGAUUUUCCAGCACUAGCAGACAGAAACAGAAGGGAAGGAAGUGGCAAUCCAACUCCAUUAAUAAACCCUUUAGCUGGAAGGGCUCCCUAUGUUGGGAUGGUAACAAAACCAGCAAGUGAGCAGUCCCAGGACUUUUCAAUACACAAUGAAGAUUUCCCAGCAUUACCAGGCUCCAGCUACAAAGACCCAACAUCAAGUAAUGAUGAUAAUAAAUCUAAUUUGAAUACAUCAGGCAAAACAUCAUCCAGCACAGAUGGGCCCAAGUUUCCUGGAGAUAAAAGUUCAACUACGCAAAACAACAACCAGCAGAAAAAAGGGAUCCAGGUGUUACCUGAUGGUCGGGUUACCAACAUUCCACAAGGGAUGGUGACGGACCAGUUUGGAAUGAUUGGCUUGUUAACAUUCAUCAGGGCAGCAGAGACAGAUCCAGGAAUGGUACAUCUUGCAUUAGGAAGUGAUUUAACAACACUAGGUCUCAAUCUCAACUCUCCUGAAAAUCUUUAUCCCAAAUUUGCAUCCCCUUGGGCAUCAUCACCUUGUCGACCUCAAGACAUAGACUUCCAUGUUCCAUCUGAGUACUUAACUAACAUUCACAUUAGGGAUAAGCUGGCUGCAAUAAAACUCGGCCGAUAUGGAGAAGAUCUCCUGUUUUAUCUCUAUUACAUGAAUGGAGGAGAUGUAUUACAGCUAUUAGCGGCAGUAGAGCUAUUUAACCGGGAUUGGAGAUACCACAAAGAAGAGCGAGUAUGGAUCACCAGGGCACCCGGAAUGGAGCCAACAAUGAAAACCAAUACAUACGAGAGGGGAACAUAUUACUUCUUUGACUGUCUUAACUGGAGGAAAGUAGCUAAGGAGUUCCAUCUGGAAUAUGACAAAUUAGAAGAAAGGCCUCAUCUGCCAUCAACCUUCAACUACAACCCUGCUCAGCAAGCCUUCUAAAGACUUCCCUUUUCUUGGGGUAUGGCUGUCUCAGCACAAUACUCAACAUAACUGCAGAACUGAUGUGGCUCAGGCAUCCUGGUUUUAAUUCCUUGAGGAUCUGGCAAUUGGCUCAUGCGAAGGGUCACCAUUUGAGGUCCUGCCUUACUAAUUAUGUGCUGCCCAACAACUAAAUUUGUAAUUGUUUUUCUUUAGUUUGAGCAGGGUCUGAAUUUUUGUUUUUGUUUUAUUUUUGCCAGCAGACAAGCUUGGGUCUGUAAAGACAAGCGAGUACACUGACAAAAGUUUACCACUUAGUUUUCCAAAAUGUAAAAAGACAAAAAAUAAGAAAAAAGACAAAAAAUUAGACAACAAAAUUUGCAUUGUUCAUUGUAGCACUAUUGGUAAUAAAAAAUGUUUGUGCAUUUUUAUGUGAAGAUCCUUCUCGUAUUUCAUUUGGAAAGAUGAGCAAGGUUUGCUUCCUUCAUUUUACUUCCCCUUCUGUUUUUGAAAGGCAGUUUUCGCCAAGCUUAAUGCAAGAAUAUCUGACUGUUUAGAAGAAAGAUAUUGCCACAGUCUCUGGUUAGUUUCCAGAGUUGUGUAUUACUGAGCUUCAUCUUUCCAGAAUGAGCAAAACACUGUCCAGUCUUUGUUACGAUUUUGUAAUAAAUGUGUACAUUUUUUUUAAAUUUUUGGACAUCACAUGAAUAAAGGUAUGUAUGUACGAAUGUGUAUAUAUUAUAUAUAUGACAUCUAUUUUGGAAAAUGUUUGCCCUGCUGUACCUCAUUUUUAGGAGGUGUGCAUGGAUGCAAUAUAUGAAAACGGGACAUUCUGGAACUGCUGGUCAGGGGACUACUUUGUCGCCCUGUGCACUAAAGGGCCAGAUUUUCAGCAGCCAAGGACAUCCAUACCCAAGUGAAUGUGAUGGGACUUAAGUGAACUGAGACAAUUCACUCUGGCUGUUUGAACAGCAGCGUUUCAUAGGAAGAGAAAAAAAAGAUCAAUCUUGUAUUUUCUGACCACAUAAAGGCUUCUUCUCUUUGUAAUAAAGUAGAAAAGCUCUCCUCAC